AACUUUCGCAGAAGUGAGGAAAAUGCGAUAAGUGGCAACAACAACAAAUAAAUAAAACCCAAUGGCACAGAGUUCGGUUUCCAUUCGGGCCUCGAGCUACAAUGAAGAAAGUCAUAGCGGCACUCCUGAUCCUCUGGGCUUCCCUAUUCCUGGGAUCCAGAGAGGGAUCGGCUUUUCUGCUCGACGCGGAAUGCGGAAGGUCGCUUCGAACCAGGCCAACUUGGAGGAGUUACAUUGGCAGCAGGACUGACGCACUGGCCAAUCCUUGGAUUGUUUCGGUGAUAGUGAAGGGCGAGGCCAAAUGCAGUGGAUCGCUCAUCAAUCAUCGAUUUGUUUUGACGGCGGCACAUUGCGUAUUCAGAGAAUCCAUGCAGGUGCACUUGGGUGAGUUCGACGCCUGGAAUCCUGGACAAGAUUGCAGCUCGGGUGCUCGCUCACCAAACGCAUAUUGCGUUCGGGUCGACGAGAAGAUCGUGCACACCGGAUUCGGCGAAACACAAGCCCAACAGUACGACAUUGGCUUACUCCGGAUGCAUCAUGCGGUGCAGUACUCAGGUAAUUGAAACUGCCUUUCCCCUUUACUCUUCGUGCGUCCCAUUUGCCUGCUCAUCAAUGAGCCAGUGGCGGCCAUCGACCGAUUCCAGAUGACCGUCUGGGGCACCACUGCAGAAGGCCAUCGGAGCAUACCACGGGUGCUGAAGCAUGCCGUUGGGGAGCGCAUCGAUCGCGGACGCUGCAGCUUGAAGUUCCAGCAGCCGGUGGACGAGUCCCAGAUAUGCGCCCGCACUGAGACGAACGACGCAUGCAGAGGGGACUCCGGUGGCCCCAUUAGUGCGGAGAUACUCUACGGGGGCAGGUAUCGCACCUUCCAGUUCGGCAUCAUCAGCUUCGGCUUGAGUUCCUGUGCGGGCCUAAGUGUCUGCACCAAUGUGACUCACUACGUGGACUGGAUCUGGGAUGCUCUGGUCAUCUCGUCGGCAUGAGCACAUUGUGCGUAUUCUAUGUAUAUGUAUAAAUUAUUAUAAACGUUUAAGCUGCAGUAAAGAUUGGGAAUAGCAAUUAGAAAGUACUGCCUACUAGCUAAGCCAAAGUGGGUGAGCUGCUUCGAUCCGGGUGCUUUGGAAGUAGAUGAGAUAGUAGAGAGUAAAAGACGAGGUUGGCUAUAAUCUAAAACCAAAGUAGCUUUAUUACGUUUUCAAACAUGUGAUCAUUUACAUUUAAUUACUUUGCCUCACUUUCUUCACUAAACAAAUAAACGUAGUUCCACUAGUCCACUAGCCCAGCUAUCCAACCAACCACCCGGCCAGCCAGCCAGCCAGCCGGCCGGCCAGCCAAUCCCACGAUGAAUUCGGCCCAGCGGACGAGCGAGGCUAUGUGGGGGUAGCACUUACAGGGUAUACACUGAAUCCAUAUCUUAUAUAAACGGCGAGCGCGCGAAGGAAAGCUUUUCGAAAGUGUGUGUAAUUAAUCGGAAAUGGGAACCCAAAUGGUCGGUUAUAGGUUUUAUAUACGAAAGCUUAGAGUAAAUUACAUUACAACUUAUUGUUGGGGCUUCCUCUCUUUACUAAGGAGUUUUUUUUUUGUUUUAUUGUUUUACGUCUUUUGUUAACACCAUGGAAUAUUUUGAUAUAUAUAUA